AUGGUGAGACCCAAGGAUAAAUUUUGGGAACAUGUAGAGCAACGUGGUUUGGGCCAUUUCACAUGUAACUAUUGUAGACUUAAUUAUUCUGGGAGUGUUUCACGAGUGAAGGCUCAUUUAGCUUGUCAAUCUGGACAUGAUGUUCAAAUUUGCACCCAAGUUCCUAAGCACAUUCAAGCUGAUGCCCUGGAAGAAUUUAAUUUGAAUAGAUCUGCUAAGAAAAUAAGGAGUAAUUCUCUUGAAAGUGGAAUGGGUUCCACAAGUAGCACACCUUCUAUGCCUCAGGUUAGGAGUACACAUCAACCCACAAUGGUAGAGAUGGCUGCUAAGCAAGACAAGAAGUCAUUGGACAUGUUGGUAACUGAUUUUUUUGUCAAUAAUAACAUUUCCUUCAAUGUUAUUCAGACAAAUUCUUUUAUUGAGAUGCUAAGGGAUGCAUGUGCAUAUGGUACAAGUUAUGUUGUACCUAGUUAUAGCAAUCUUCGGACCAGUUUGAUUCUUGAAAAAAAAAAGCAGAAAUCAUGCAAUAUAUUAACUUCAAUAUUUCUUUUCAAUGAAAUUUCUGAUGUCAUUGAAAAAGUUGGACCAAACAAUGUUGUGCAAUUUAUUUUAGAUAAUGGUUCUAACUUUUGUUCUUGUGGUGAUAUGUUGGCUAGAAAAUGGCGUCAUAUGUAUAGAACAAAUUGUGCUGUUCAUGGGAUUAAUCUGCUUUUGAAAGAUAUUCAUAAAAAAGUUAAAUGGGUGAAGAAAGUUAUAGAAGAUGAAAAACUUGUAGUGGAUUAUAUUCACAGGCACACAAGUAUUGUAGCAUUGAUGAGGAAAUUCACCAACAAUAGAGAUAUCAAGCAGCCUUGCAAGACAAUGUUUGAUACUUAUUUUUUUAUGCUGCAGUCUCUUAUUAUUGUUGAGAAUGAGUUGAGGCUUUUUGUUGAAUCAUCUGAGUGGAGAGCCUUUCACUUCAAUAGAGCUGAAAUGGCAGUGAGAACUAUUGGGAAAAUUCAAUCAGAUACAUUUUGGGAGGGGACAGAGAAAGUUGUUGCUUUCAUGGAGCCACUUAUUCGUAUUCUUCGCCUUGUUGAUUCAGAUGGUUCUACUGCAGGUUACUUAUAUGAAGCAACGGAAAGGACAAAAGAAACAUUGAGAAAAUUUGUGGAGAAGGAUGGAAGGAAGUAUUUAGCCAUAAUGGACUUGUUUCAAUUUAGGUUAGAGAGAAACAUUAUUCAUGUUCAUGUCUUUGGUGCACUUUUGAAUCCUUCUAUUAUGUUUGGUGGUCGACUUGAUAUUGAUGGAAUUAAAUUUAUGAAUGCACAAGAAUUUAUUAUAGACAUCAUGGUUCCUUUAGAAGAUCAUGAGCAAUUCAUGCAAGAAGUCAUUGAUUAUUGUAUGAAAAGUCCAUUGUUGUUCAAUAUGACAGGGCAGACAAUGAUGAAAACUAACCAUCCAAGUAAAUGA